AUGCAUUGGAAGUGUACAAGUGCCUUGCUUGUCUUCCUCGCAAAACUAGGUGAAUGUUGGCCUUAUGAUGAGGCGCUCAUCGACUAUAAUAUCAAUGAAAAUCCCGACACAAGGAACCCAGCCGAGUAUUGGGGAGAAUGGCCCAAUCACACAUAUUUCCCAUCACCAGAGAAUUGGCGUUUCCCAGUUUAUACUUUAUUCCUCGAUCGCUUCGUGAAUGGCGAUCCAACCAAUGAUAAUAUCAAUGGGACCCAUUUCGAGCAUGAUCUGAAUUCAAACCAGAUGCGUCAUGGCGGCGACGUAUCCGGACUAGUUGAUACCCUAGAUUAUCUCCAGGGAAUGGGCAUCAAGGUAUGUGUAGACUAUAACUCCCAUUUUAACUGGCUAGCUCGACUAAUCCGUGGACUUUUCAAUGGAAAGGCUAUAUACUUGGCCGGAACGAUUCUCAUGAACCAGCCAUGGGGAGCUGACGGCUAUUCGGCACUUGAUACCACCUUGUUAGAUCAACACUUUGGCACUUUGCAAACUUGGAGAGAUGCUAUCACUGAGAUCCACAAUCGUGGAAUGUAUGUGAUUUUUGACAACACCAUUGCAACUGACAGAAUGGGCGACUUGAUUGGAUUUCAAGGAUAUCUCAAUACUACCACGCCAUUCCUACUCAAAGAACAUAGCGCCCAAUGGAAGUCAGAUCGUCAGUAUGUCGAUUUCCACUUCGGGAAUACCUACAAUGAAACUUGUCAAUAUCCCCGAUUUUGGAACGAGACCGGCUUCCCCGUUUCACAAUAUGUCGAUGAUCAGUUACAAGGGUGCUUCGACAGUGACUUUGACCAGUAUGGCGAUAUCGAAGCCUUCGGCGUUUACCCUGACUGGCAGCGUGAGCUCGCGAAGUUUGCCUCGGUUCAAGACCGUCUGCGUGAAUGGGUCCCCAGUGUCAGAGAGCGGCUCACCCGCCAUUCCUGCAUGAUCAUCUCCUCCCUUGACAUUGAUGGCUUUCGCUACGACAAAGCGACGCAGGCGACAGUGGAUGCAUUAGGCGAUAUCUCUGGAUCCUACCGCGAAUGUGCUCGCAAAGUUGGAAAAAACAACUUUUUCCUCCCUGGGGAAAUUACAGCCGGGAAUACUCUGGGCUCGGUCUUUCUAGGUCGCGGUCGGCAGCCUGAUAUGCUCCCAGAGACACUCGAUGAAGCCUUCCGAUUGAGUAACAACUCCGACCCAUUUUUUUUCCUUCGCGAGGAGAACCAGCAAGCCAUCGACGGCGCUGCCUUUCAUUAUUCUAUUUAUCGAUCCCUAACCCGCUUUCUGGGCAUGGACGGCAAUUUGGCUGCUGGCUAUGAUGUCCCCGUUAAUUGGACAGAAGCCUGGUACCAGAUGAUUCUUACAAACGACAUGAUCAACGCGAAUACCGGCAAAUUCGAUCCUCGACACAUGUAUGGAGCUACAAAUCAAGACGUCUUCCGCUGGCCAGCUGUUGAGCAAGGCAUUGAACGCCAUUUACUGGCUCUAUUUAUAAUCACAUUGCACAUGCCUGGUAUACCGUUGUUGCUUUGGGGUGAAGAACAAGCAUUCUACAUCUUAGACGCCACAGCUUCCAACUACAUUUUUGGCCGCCAAGCGAUGUCACCUGCUACCGCAUGGAAAUCCCAUGGUUGCUUCCAGCUACCUUCAACUCAAUAUUAUAACUGGCCAAUUGGAUCAGGGCGAAAUGGCUGUCACGACGAAAGUGCCACCUACGACCACCGCGAUCCUGCACAUCCAAUGAGAAAUACUAUCAAGCAUAUGUAUCAAAUGCGGCAGGACUUCCCGGCUCUCAAUGACGGCUGGUGGAUACAGCUUUUAUCCAACCAAACACACGAUGUGUAUUUACCUGGCUCCAAUGGAAUCCCAACCGAAACAGGCAUGUGGUCUAUCAUGCGAAGCCCAUACUUCCAGCUGCAAGAUCUUGGAGAAUCAGGCAACCAGACAGUAUGGUUCGUCUAUCAAAAUGACAACCGUACUGUCACCUACGAUUUUGAUUGCUCUGAUCGAAACUUGGCCUUGGUCUCUCCAUUCGAUACGAAUACCACUGUCAAAAAUCUGUUCUAUCCACAUGACGAGCUUGUUUUAAAAAGUGGCCCGACUAAGCUACAGCUCAAUGGAUCCACUCAUUGGAAUGGUUGUCUCGACAAUCUGACUCUUUCGCCUUAUGAGUUUAGAGCUUAUGUUCUCAAGAAAAACUUCGUGCCUCCUCGGCCCAUGAUCACAAAAUUUACUCCCGGUCACGACGUCCCCGUACUGUCCACCGCGCUACCCGGAGAAAGCGAGACGCUUGAUGUUGCCCUUUAUUUCUCUACGGAAAUGAACUGCAGUCUGGUAACAGAAUCAAUUUCUCUGGAUUCAUCCACGGAAACCGGACAAUAUCCAUCUGUGAACCUUGAAACAAUUGACUGUGGGUUUGUGGACGACAGAGAGGCAUCAUCUUAUACAGGACAUAUCCCUAGCACUUGGGUCUGGACGGCCACUUUGAAUAAUGUCUACAAUGGAGUUCACAGAUUGACCGUCAAUAAUGCAUCAAGCAGCGAUGGAAAAUACACUAAUGCAAUCGACCAUUUUUUGAUUCGCAUUGGACAGCGUGACAAUCCCAUUGUUUUUACAUCUGCGAAUUACUCCAGUAGCUUGCUUCAUCAACAUGGAAAUGGAAGCCUCUAUAUUCAACAGCACGCUGCUGGUGCAGAUUUGUACCGCUAUUCCACCAACUGGGGAAGCACAUUUUCACAAUGGUUACCUUAUGUGGGUGGGAACCACAGCAUCAAGGAGCAAGAUUGGUCAGGAACAAAAAAGCAGAGGUGGAAUGGGAAGCAUGUCCGUAUUGAGUACUGGAAUCGUUUCACGGGUAGCAGUGACUAUGUUCAAGAAGGCGACGGACCUGGAUAUAAAGAUACAGCGCCCAGACGAUUUCCCCAUCUCUUCUUCAACGGACCUUUCAAUGAGUACGGCUAUGAUGCAGGUCUUGCCAACACUGUGAAGCAAGAUAGCGACGGCAUCUGGAAGUUCCGUUUUAUGACCGAAUGGCCUGCCCAGGGUCAACUCAACAUUUGGGGAAUCAACCCUGACGGGCAUCCUGACCAAAGCUAUAUCUUUGGUGACUCUGACGGUGAUUCCGUGCUGGAUCGUUUGCCACCGUCAUCGUUGAGUACGACAACUAUCAAUAUUACAGAUCAUCCCCCAAAACCCCACUUGGCCUGGAGAAUUCAGCUUGACGAUGCUACACUCAAAUUCAAACUUGUACCAGCAGGAUCUCAAUACGUUCAAAUGGCGCUCUACUUUUUGCUGUGGCUUGUGCCAGUCAUCACGGCCUUCACUUGCGCCUACAUCUUCAAGAAAACAUUCUACAAGAUCAAGCUCAACCAAGUCGGGGUUAGCGAAAAGAAAACACUCAUCUCUCUCAAUGUUCUGAACAGAUUUAAGUUCGAACCAGGUGACUCCAAAAAUCCGAUUGUACGUCUUGCAACCAAGUCUAAAUUCCUCCAAAGCACAUCUGCUUUUGGCAACCGUACCUCAACCCGGCGAAAGGUAUUAGUUGCGACGAUGGAAUACGAUAUUGAUGACUGGGGGAUCCGAAUAAAAAUAGGCGGAUUGGGCGUGAUGGCUCAGUUGAUGAGCAAACAACUUGGCCACCAAGACCUAAUUUGGGUCAUUCCAUGCGUUGGUGGAGUCGAAUAUCCGAUCGAUAAACCGGCCGAGUCAAUGUUUGUUAACAUUCUCGGGAACUCGUAUGAAGUCAAGAUCCAAUACCACAAUUUGAGGAACAUUACUUAUGUCCUUCUCGAUGCCCCGGUGUUCCGUCAACAGUCCAUGAAGGAGCCAUAUCCUGCCCGAAUGGAUGAUCUCGACAGUGCUAUCUACUACUCAGCAUGGAAUCAAUGCAUCUCGCAAGCCCUCAAGAGGUUUCCUAUCGACCUAUACCACAUCAACGACUACCAUGGCUCAAUAGCUCCAUUAUACCAGCUGCCAGAUACAAUUCCCAUCUGUCUCUCGCUCCACAACGCUGAGUUCCAAGGCUUAUGGCCUAUGAGGACACAGAAGGAAAAGACCGAGUUUGGCGAAGUAUUCAAUCUCCUCCAUGCCGGUGCAAGCUAUUUACGCCUCCACCAACAAGGAUUUGGUGCAGUUGGCGUAUCAAAGAAAUAUGGCAAGCGGUCUUAUGCCCGUUUCCCUAUCUUCUGGGGCCUUAAGAAGGUCGGAAACCUGCCAAAUCCAGAUCCGUCCGACACUGGCGAAUGGAAUAAAGAAGUUCCAAAAGAGCGCGAUAUCAGUGUGGACAUCGAAUUUGAAAUUCGCAGAGCUGAAUUGAAACGACAAGCUCAGGAAUGGGCUGGCCUUGAUCAAAUGCCUAAUGCUGAUCUUUUGGUCUUCGUGGGAAGAUGGUCUAUGCAAAAGGGAAUUGACUUGAUUGCCGAUGUCAUGCCUGGUGUGCUUGAAUCCCGACCAAAUGUCCAAUUAAUAUGCGUCGGUCCGAUCAUCGAUUUAUACGGCAAGUUCGCGGCAUUGAAAUUGGACCGUAUGAUGAAGCUUUACCCGGGACGAGUGCUUUCGAAGCCGCAGUUUACCGUACUACCUCCUUUUGUUUUUUCUGGCGCCGAAUUUGCUUUGAUACCAUCUCGUGACGAGCCUUUUGGUCUUGUGGCCGUUGAGUUUGGCCGUAAAGGUGCUCUUGGCAUUGGUGCUCGAGUGGGAGGACUCGGUCAAAUGCCUGGAUGGUGGUAUACUGUCGAGUCGACGACAACCUCCCAUCUACUGAAACAGUUCAAACUUGCUAUCAACAGUGCUCUGAGCUCGAAACCCGAAGUCCGUGCCAUGAUGCGUGCAAGAUCCGCCAAACAGCGCUUCCCGGUUGCUCAAUGGAUCGAGGACUUGGAAAUCCUCCAGACUACUGCGAUCAGAAUUCACGGCAAAGAACGUGCAAAAUCUCAACCUACACAAGCCACAGCUGGGUCCUAUAAUGCAAUUUACGGAAUGAUGACUCCCCAAGCGACAAUGUCGAUGAGAUCCGGUGUGUCGAGCGGUACUGUGACGCCCCCGCUGCGAUCACCGAGCCGGCCGGGAACAGUUGCAUCAAUGCAACGCAAUUCAAUGAUUUAUAGCAGAGACCCUAGCCCUGGCUCUGAGGAAAUGCCACGAUCUGCACUUGGCCGACCAAUUUCUUCACUUGUCCGGCCUGUGUCUGCUCCGAUUGAAAGCCGUGGGCGCAGAUCCCACGGCAAAGGAGGUAUUGUUGACGAAGAGAUUGUCAGUGUCACACCUUCAGAUGCUGAAGAUGACAGCGGCGAUGAGAUGAUGGCCACAUGCUACGGAGAUGACGACUACACAGUAGUGCCCGAAUCAUCGGAUGGAGGACGCAGGCUAGACGGUGCCAGCAUUCCUCUUACCCGAGAUGUUCUUUCAGCGCGUCAAUCAAGUCAAAGCUCAUUAGCCGGUCGAUCUAGUUCCACGCCCUCGGGCUCUGCAGCUCCUAGCUUAACAGGCACAGAAGAUACAUUACUCCCACCAUCGCGGCCAUGGGCAGGUUCCAGAAAUCGCCUCAGCAGUCCUUCUGCAUUGUCUGUCGACUCUGUCGUCGGUGACAAAAAGGACUAUAAGCUUCAAAAGGUUGACCCGUUCUUCACAGACAGCAACGGGGAAUACUACCGAGCGUUUGAAAGGAAACUGGAAGAGCUGAAUGGCGCAAACUCCGACUCACAACUUUGCAUCGAGCAAUAUCUUGAAAAGAGCGAGAAGAAGUGGUUUGAUCGGUUUAGAGAUGCUCGCUUGGGACGCAACCAGUCGCCUGCUCCAUCAAUGCGGUUCGGUAAAAGUGGUGGUUCUUCUCCACCUGGCUCUAUCACCAACGACGACACAACAUCUCAUGAGAGUGGUCUGCCUGAAAGAAAGGCCGACGAAUUCUUCCUCGGCGACGACUACGUACCACCGACAGGUUUGAAGAAAUGGAUGCAGUUACGAAUCGGGGAUUGGCCUGUCUAUUCUCUUUUCCUCGGGCUUGGCCAGAUCAUUGCUGCCAAUUCAUACCAAAUUACCCUACUUACCGGUGAAGUCGGCCAGACAGCAGCGAAGCUAUAUGGUAUCGCCACCGUUUACUUGAUCACAUCCAUUUUAUGGUGGUUUUUCUUCCGAUUUUUCAAGUCUGUGCUCGUUCUUACCGUACCAUGGUUCUUAUACGGCCUCGCGUUUCUUAUUAUUGGCCUCGCUCACUUCGAACCCAACUCUUAUCUCCGCGGAUGGAUUCAGAAUGUUGGCAGUGGCAUCUACGCCGCCGCAUCCUCGAGUGGCUCUAUUUUCUUCUCCCUCAAUUUUGGGGAUGAAAGCGGCGCGCCUGUUAAACAGUGGGUUUUCCGUGCGUGCAUGAUUCAGGGUACCCAGCAGGUGUAUGUUAUUGCGCUUUGGUAUUGGGGAUCUACUUUGACGAAAGCAUCCAAUGCCGGAGUCGCCAAUUCACAAGGACACGUUACAAAUACCUGGAGAAUGACUGCCGUCUGUACCCCAAUCGCAAUCUUCUUGUGGUCGAUUGGGUUGAUCGUCUAUUUCGGCUUGCCCAAUUAUUACCGACAAACACCAGGCAAAGUGCCGUCAUUCUAUAAAUCCGUCUUCCGUCGCAAGAUUGUCAUUUGGAAUUGGGUCGUUAUCAUUCUUCAAAAUUUCUUCCUCAGCGCCCCAUACGGACGAAACUGGAAUUUCCUCUGGAUCUCAAACCACGCCAAGCCAUGGCAAAUCCUCUGCCUCUGCGUCGCCUUUUUCGGAUUCGCCUGGAUAGCAAUACUAUUCCUUCUUGGCUGGAUAUCUAAGUCCCACAGCUGGAUUCUUCCAAUCGUAGCCUGCGGCCUUGGAGCACCCCGCUGGGCCCAAAUAUGGUGGGGAACAUCCGGAUCAGGCCUGUUCCUCCCUUGGGCAGGUAGCUACACGUCUGGAGCACUGGUCUCUCGAAGUCUGUGGCUUUGGCUCGGCGUUAUGGACGCGCUUCAGGGCGUUGGUUUUGGCAUGAUUCUUUUACAGACGCUUACUCGGAUGCAUAUAUGUUUCACACUUCUUGUAUCGCAAGUUCUUGGGUCUAUCGCGACUAUCUGCGCCAGAGCAUUUGCGCCGAACAGGAUUGGACCCGGUCCUAUUUCGCCUGAUAUCACUGCGGGUGCGAGUGCUUUGGGGAAUGCAUGGUUUUGGAUUGCGCUUAUAUUCCAGUUGAUUAUUUGUGGCGGUUUCCUUCUGUUCUUCCGCCGGGAACAGCUGUCGAAGCCUUGA